AUGAGGAUCGAUGAUAACUGUAACGACUGUAAUCGCCUAUCGGAGAUACAACAGUUUUACAAUGGAAAGAAUGUACUCAUCACUGGAGCUACUGGUUUCUUGGGUAAGAUCCUGGUGGAGAAGCUCCUGAGGUGCUGCCCCGGUGUAGAAAACUUGUAUCUUCUGGUGAGGCAGAAGCGAGGCAAGGACAUCUACACGAGGAUAGAAGAAAUAUUUGAAGACCCAGUUUUUAAUAGGCUCAAGGAUGAAGUACCGAAAUUCAGGCACAAAGUGGUUGUGAUACCAGCGGACUGCGAAGCGGCGGGAUUAGGACUUACACUAAGUGACAGGCAAAUGCUCACUGAGAAGGUGAACAUAAUUUUCCAUUCGGCGGCAACGGUGAAGUUCGACGAGCACCUCCGAGCAGCGCUGGUCACAAACGUUCGCGCUCCGUUACAUCUUCUACGUCUCGCUAGGGAUAUGAAAGAUUUAAAAGUUUUGAUGCACAUAUCUACCGCGUAUUCAAACUCGCAUCUAUCCCGGAUAGAGGAGAAGUUCUAUCCUUGCGAGGCCGACUGCGAACAUCUUCAAAAUACAAUCGACAAACUAACAGACUCGGAGAUUGACAAACUAUUACCAACAAUACUAGGAGAAUGGCCCAACACAUACACCUUCACCAAAGCACUGGCGGAGAAAGAGCUCCGGCUUAAUUCGGGCAACGUUCCGCUGGGAAUUUUUAGGCCAGCAAUAGUGAUUUCAACUGCCAAAGAGCCCCUCAAAUGUUGGUUGGACAACAUGUAUGGACCGACCGGCGUAGCUGUGGGGAGUGCGACCGGGAUGCUACGUACAAUGCAGUGCGACGAAAACGUCACAGCCGAUCUUGUUCCUGUCGAUUUUGUAGUGAAUUGUCUGAUGGCGUCCGCUCUUAACGUACACAAGGCUUAUUCGAGCAGUUCGCCCCCGCCAGAGCCGCCAAUUUUUAAUUAUGUAAGUUCAGUGGAGAACCCCAUAACAUGGGGUGAUUUUAUGAAACUCAACUUGGCGCGAAUCGACCAAGAACCGUUUGCAAAUGCUGUGUGGUACAUUUCGUUAACACUAACGAAGUAUGCAAUAAUGAACCAGAUCUAUAUUUUCUUCCUGCAUAUCAUACCGGCCGCUUUGGUGGACGGGCUCGCCGUUUGCGUCGGAAAGAAACCCAAAAUGCUGAAGGUGUACAGUAAGAUACACAAGUUCUCGUCGGUGAUCAGCUAUUUCUGCACGCGGGAAAUCAAGUUCAGUAACCAGCGUACUAGAGAGCUGUGGCAACAGACGUCGGAUACGGAUAAACAAAUCUUUCCAUUCAGCAUGCGGGAAAUAGAUUGGCGCGAUUAUUUCAAUGACUACCUGGUCGGCAUCAGGCGAUACCUGUUCAAAGAAAGUGAUGAUACACUACCGAGGGCCAGGAUUAAAUGGAGAAGAUUAUACUAUCUUCAUCAGAUAGUUCGAAUAAUUUUCUUCACCUUCGCGCUGUACGCCGUGUGGUCCAUCUUAGCACUUAUUUGCUGA